AUGCCACCUCCCAAGAUGCACCAGGAAGCAGCCAGCGCGGCCGCGGCCCUGACGCGGAUCCCGGGCCUGAAUGACUCCCUCCGCCGGCGCCAAACACCAACAGCCGCCCCCUCGCCGCUGCACUUCCGCCGCCGCCGCCGUCGCGCCGCGCCGCGCCGCGCCGCGCCGCGCCGCUCGCGCCCUCGGCCGCCGGGCAGGGCGGUCGCUCGCGUUGCUCGGAGCCGCGUCCCUCACAGCCGCCGCCGGGUCCCUCACAGCCGCCGCCGCCGCCGCGUCCCUCACAGCCGCCGCCGCGUCCCUCACAGCCGGGUCCCUCACAGCCGCCGCCGCCGCCGCCGCCGCGUCCCUCACAGCCGGGUCCCUCACAGCCGCCGCCGCCGCCGCGUCCCUCACAGCCGCCGCCGGGUCGCUCACAGCCGCCGCCGCGUCGCUCCGAGCCGGGUCUCUCACAACCGGCUUUCUCACAGCCGCCGCCGCCGCCGCCGCCGCCCGCAUCCCUCACAGCCGCGUCCCUCAGCGCCGCGGAGGCCGCCUCCCGCCUCCCUCUCAGCCGCCUUCCUCACUGUGUGCGCCGCCGUCAUCGUCUCGGCGGAUGCUCCCGGCGGCGGGGAGCACAGCGCCGAGCCCGGGCCUGUGGACGGACCGAGACGGACGGACGUCCUGCGCCUCCCGCCGGUGCCGGCUGUGCGGAGUCGCGAUGGGCUCGCUGACGGGACCGGGAGCUGCGGGGCCGCGGGCUCUGGGUGGGGGAGGGGGCCGGGCCGGGAGUGCGGGGCGACCUCCGGCCACGCUGUGAGGGCCACGCUGUGGGAGUCACGGCCUCCAGACACCCCCGCGGCCGCCACUCGCUCUGGACGGUCGCCUCCCGCCUGGGGCUGCUGGGCUGAGCCGGUGACUCGGCCGACGGGGCCGCUGCUCUGGGGGGCGCUGUUGGGGAGGCGCUGCUCUGGGGGCUGCUCUGAGGGCCGCUACGGGGGGGGCGCUGCUCUGGGGGCCGCUGCUGGGGGGGCGCUACUCUGA